CAAAAUACUAAACAUAUAUUAAUUAAUAUAUAUGUGUGUGUACAUAAUAAAUCUACAUCUUGAGAAAAUGAGGUGCUGCUGUUGUGCAAAUAUAAUAAGCCAAGAACUAUGACGCAUCAAAAUCAUCAGACAAACGGCGCAAGUUUGGAGGAUUGCCAUACAAACUUUUAUGCCUUGACUGAUUUGUGUGGAAUAAAAUGGCGAAAGUUCGUUAAUGGCGAACGUCCGAAUGCCUCGAGCGAUCCUUUGGACGAUCCAAUUCUGCGCUCCUAUUCACGAUGCAUGCAGGCGGAUAUGUUGUGCGUGUGGCGGCGCGUUCAAUCCACCAAGCAGGACAACACCGAUCCGAAUGCCUUAAACUUUGAGAUUACCACAUCGACCACUGUCCACCCGCCCCUGUCGCUGGCCGCUGCCAAGGAACUGUGGAUUUUCUGGUAUGGCGAGGAGCCGGACCUAUCAGAGCUUGUCGAUGCGGAUCUGCUUAAAAUAGCGGCCAAUCAAUCGCUCUGGAAUGGCACCUGGAAGGGUGAGCUGACGUACGAGUGCCGCUCGCUGCUUUUCAAGGCUCUCCACAAUCUCAUGGAAAGAUUCGUGCUCACUAAGGACAUUGUGCGGUUUGGCAAAUGGUUUGUGCAGCCCUGCACUUCCAGCGAUCGCCUCUUUGGGCGUAGCUCGCAGCAUUUGUCAUUUUCCUUCACGUUCUUCGUGCAUGGCGAUACGGUCUGCGCUUCAAUCGAUCUACGCGAACAUCCUGCGGUGCGUCCAUUGACCAAGGAGCAUUUGGCUGAGGCAGCGGCUGCCUUUGCUGCUGCCAGUGGCGGCGGUGUAGCUGGAGCUCGUGGCCAGGAUGCAAAUGCAACAGCUCAGCUGCCGGAAAAUUCACCACUGCUGGAAGCGGCAAAUGGAAAUGGAAAUGGCGAAAAAUCAGCAGCGACGUCGACAGCGACGCCAACGCAGGCGCGCAAAGUAAUGCUCGCGCCCUUUGGCAUUGCGGCAAUACUCACGGGGAAUAGCUACAAGGCGAGCGAUCCAAUGGCCGAAAAGAUACUCGAGGAUUGGGCCUCGUUCUUUCCGCUGUGCAAUAAGGACAACACGGAUGUGCCGCCCGUUGUGGAGGUGGUAUCGGGUGGACAUAAGAUGUACCAUCCCACAAAUUACGUACUAGUCACGGAUCUGGAUGACAUGGAACAAAUGGAAUUCGCUGAGCUGCACGGCAAAGCAAAUUGCGCAAGCAGCGAACAACAGACGCAGGCAGCGGCAGCGAUGCAGGCAGCAUCAGCAGCAACAUUGCCAGCAGCGGCGUCAGCAGCCUCGUUAGCAGCCGCUAAGGAGUCGCGUAAAGCAGCAACGCAAGCGGUCAGCGCAUUGGAACGUUUAACGUUUCAACCCUAUUACGAUCAGAGACCCACAUCGGGCUUUACCUUUAAUACGAAUAAUACUCAUAUACCCGCAACGGCGGCCAUUGAAAUGCCGGAACGUGCCUGGCAGGAUUGCAUAAUGAACAGGCUGCAUGUGGAUGCAGCAGCAGCGGCCGCCGCAUCAGCAGACGAGGAAGAGACCAAGCAAACGGAUUCCAAGCAGCUGGUGCAGCAGCAAAUCCAACAACAACAGCAAAAGCAGCGCCAGAAGUUGUGGAACUUUGUGGAUCCUAUGCAGAAGGCGCCCUGCAUAUGCACCAAACAUCUCAGCAACGCUUCCGUAGGCGGCAGCAGUGCCACGCCCUGCCAUGGAGGAGCCGGAGCGGGCAGCGCUUCAACAUAUUCACGCAAUUCGCUGGGCGAUUCAUCAUCCCAGCCACCGAUUGCUUCCUCCUCGGUGGGCUCACCCGCAACGCCAGCUCCAUCCCCACAUCCGCUUUCUAAUUCGGCGCACUCGCAACCUACUUCGGUGCCACCCGCCGCUGAGCAAUUGCUCAAUAUGAGUCCACAUGCGCCUACAUCAGUAUCGAAUCUGCAACAACCACCAACGCCCAUCGAUCAUCUGCUAGACAAGAAUACGCCAGCGCCAACGCCAACGGAUCAGCAUGAUAGUAAGAGCAUAACUGCCUCGCCUUAUGUACAUCAAACACCUAGUGUGGAGCCUCCCACUUACGCGGAUCAUGGUGCACAGGGCGGUGCAGCUGCUGCUCUAAAUGCGCCUGGCAGUGUGCCCCAGCAGCAGCCAGCGACGCCUACAGCAGGAGGAACAGGAGCAGCAACAGGAGCGGGGGCAAGCGUAGGAGCAGCAACACCUGCUCCACUAGGUGCCGGCACGCAAUGCGGCACGAUUAGUGUAAAGAAGCUGGAGAUGCAACAGCCAACGAUUAAACAGGAGCCAGGCACAGUACGCGGUAGUCAGCAGCUGCCACAACAACAGCAACAGCAACAACAGCAGCAGUCCAUGGCAACCAGCGCCAUGGAAGCUGUCACCAAUCUCUUCAAUCUAUAUAAACCGCCACAGCUGACGCUUAAAGAUGGAGACAGCGUUUACGAUGAGGAGUGGUUGACGGAGGUUUACGAUUUUAGCUACCAAGAGUCCUGGGAUAAUCUGCCCGUCAAGCGACCCAAGCUGACUGAAUCGGUCAAACUGCGACGUCCUCGCUAUGCCAAGAAUCUGUACGAAGGACAUACCCACUUUAAGCCACUAAUGCCCUCACCGGGCUCUGUCUACGGCUCGCUGCUUACUAUCGAAGGGGGCGCUGUAGCCACACUCGGAGCUGCAGGCGAGAGUGGGGCAGGUGCAGGAGGAGCAGGUGGUGGACUGGUUGGCAUAGCCACUAAUGCAGGCUUUGGCAAUGCAGCCAGUACAGAUGAAGCGGAUAAUGCACUGGUCAAGAGUGAACCUCCCUCAGCAGCAGGCAGUGGGAGCAGUUUCUUCCCCUGCCUGGACAUUAAGACGGAGCCAGGUCUGCAUUCACCCUGCAAGGAAACCAAAUCCACCAGCACUGCGGGCAGCGGCGGUGGCAAUCUAUUCACAGCAGAAGGUCUUAAUCCCUCACUCAACGAUCUGGAGCAGUUGUUCGAGACGAGCUCAAAUGAUGAGUGCAGCAGCGUGCAGAUUCAUACGCCACCCGACUCCAAUAAUCCCUCGAAUGGUGGCUGCAGCGCUGUCACCAAUACAAUUGACGAGCUAAAGCGUAGCACCGCCGUGACCAGCGCUGUGGUUGCUGCUGUCGUUGCCAGCAGUGGCGCGGGCAGCAUACAAGCUGAAGACCUAACCAAAAUGUUUCCCACGCCGCCUUCGCUUGAGCAACAGCACCCCAACUCGAGUCCCUUUCAAACGGACGUCGUCAUGACCGAUCUGAGUGUGGACACAUCGACAACAACAACAACCAGCGUGCUGGUGGUGCCAACGGCAACAAUAACGACAGCAACAGCAACAGUUGCAGCGACAGCCUCGUCGGUUGGGCUCGGUGUCAUGCUGAAGAUGGUCAAGCAGGAAUAUAGCGUAGAGCUGGGCAGUCCCGUUGAGGAGCCCAUCGAUGAUUGGAGCUAUGUAUAUAGACCGCCGCAGCAGGAGAAAUUUGUUGGCUCCUCUCGCUACGCACCGCUGACCAAUUUGCCCAGCCAGACGCAACCGCCGCUGCAGCUGCCCGCCAAUUGCUUCUACAGUCCCACCUGGAGUCACAGUCAAAAGUCGCGUGCAGCUACGUUGGCGAAGGCGGCGGCUGCACAGCAGCAACAGCAGCAGCAUCAGAAACAUCAGCAGCUGCAGCAGCGCAUACAGCAGCAUCAGCAGAUGCAGCAGCAGCACCAGCAGCAACAGCAGCAACAGCAGCAGCAGCAGCAACAACAACAACAUCAGCAGCAACAGCAGCACAAACAGUUGCACGAUUUGCUUUCGGCAGGUCCUCGGACUCCAAUGAAUGCUGCGAUGCCUUCGCCGUCAACGGUUUCACAACCGUUGAGUAGCGGUGGCAGCCAAUUGCUGCUGAAUCAACUCAAUUGCCCGCAAGCUCCGCCUGGCAGCUCGAUGCAGCAGCUAAUGCAGCGUGCCGGCAUGUCUCCCAUUCCCUCACCUGGCGGCCCAGGUGUAGUACCCUUUCCACGCAGCAGUCCUAUGCAGCAACAGCACCAUCCGAUGCGACAAACGCCCACACAUCCGCCUCCUCCGUAUCCAUAUGAGCUGGCUGCUGCUAGCCCGGCCACGUCCACAUCCUCGUCGUACCUUAAUAAGCCGUACGGCUCACAGGAGCCGCCAGGACAUCCCCACACGCCUCAUCACGUCUACGGGUCGAUGAGUGGAGGAGCAGCUGGCGGAGCUGCUCUAAUGCCCGGGGAUUCCAAGCUGGCCAUGAUGCAGUAUACGGGCGGCAGUGCAUCGGAGACAGGAGCAGCUGCAACAGCAGCAGCCGCUGCAUUGAGUCUGCUGCAGGAGCUGCCAGAAGUGAACUCAGUGCUGGUCAACAUCCUGCUCUACGACACGGCAUUGAAUGUCUUCCGGGAUCACAACUUCGAUAGCAGCAGCGUCUGUGUCUGCAAUGCGGAUACACAGAAGAUUGGCAAUAUUCGUGGCGCUGAUUCUGGAGUCUACGUGCCGUUGCCUGGGAGCAGCUUCAAUCCCUUUCCAGCGCAUCGAGCUGCAAGCGGCGUCGUUGGUGGUGGAGGAGGAGCUCGUGCUGUUACGCCUUAUAAUCAGUAUGCAGGUGCAGGAGGAGGCGCUGGUGGGAUGCGCAUGCUGAGUGCAUUUGGCGGUGGGCUGGACUCGUCGCCGGUGGCUGCUGCUUUGUCCGGAGCUGGCUCCGUGCAUGGCCAUGGCCAUGGGCCCAAUGGUGGCUCCAGUGGCUCCUCAUCCUGUACACCACCCAGCAGCAAUCCCCACAUAACAGGCUACGUCGAUGAUGAUCCCGUGGAGUGUACGUGCGGCUUCAGCGCUGUGGUCAACCGGCGAUUGUCGCAUCGCGCCGGCCUCUUCUACGAGGAUGAGCUGGAAAUCACGGGCAUCGUGGACGAUCCGGCGAGAAACAAACAACCCACCCUGCUCACGCUCAUCCAAUCUCUGUGCCGCAAGGGCGCCAACAACAAUAAUAAUAAUAAUAACAACAUUAAGGAUACCUCCAGUGGCAAGGAGCUGGAGAAGCUCACGAGUACGGCUCAACAGCAGCUGGAACAGCUGACGCAUGCUAUAUUCGAUCUUCUGCUGGAUCAAUGCUCCAUUAUACAAAGCUCCAGCAGUUCGGUGCAUCGAGCACUGCAAACGCAUCGUCGCAGGAUGUCGAGACAACGUCGCCUUGGCGCCUCGGUGGCCACCAUUGCGAAUGUCCUGGAAUUCACGGAUGCACACGAUGUCGUUAGCUUGGCAUUGGAGCAGGCGCGUCUGGCAUUCGAGAGUCACCGUCUGGACAUGAAUCUCCUCGAAUUCGGGCAUGGACAUGGCCCGCAUGGUGGUCAACAACACCAUCCACAUCAUCCACACCAGCCCCAUCAUCCACACCAACAACAACAGCAGCAGCAGCAGCAGCCGCAGCAGCUUAUGGCCUUCCAGGCUGCGCCGGCUCUGCGCCAGAAAUUGUUGAGCCUAGGCAGCAGUCGUCUAACGGUACACAAGUGGCCCUAUCUUCCAGUGGGCUUCACCCGAAGCAACAAGGAGAUUGUCAGGACGAUGAACGCCAUUCAACCCAUGCUGCAAAGCGCCUUCCAUUGCAAAUCGAGAGGUGGUGCAGCUGGCUCCAAGGAUGCUAGCUCCUACAAUACAGUUAGCGGUCCUUUGACCUGGCGGCAAUUUCAUCGCCUUGCCGGUCGAGCUUCUGGACAGUGCGAGCCACAGCCCAUACCUUCAGUUGUGGUUGGCUACGAGAAGGAUUGGAUAUCUGUGGCGCCGCAUUCCAUACACUAUUGGGAUAAGUUUCUGCUGGAACCCUACUCCUAUGCUAGGGACGUGGUCUAUGUGGUGGUGUGUCCAGACAAUGAGCAUGUCGCUGCGAGCACUCGCACCUAUUUCCGUGAACUGAGCAGCACGUAUGAGAUGUGUAAGCUGGGUAGGCACACGCCCAUUCGUGGCUGGGAGGGCAUCCUCCAGGUAGGCGUAACGGAAAGAGAUGUGCUGACUCCGUUGGAUGACUGGCUGCGCACACUGGACCAUGCGCCGCUGGCGGAGCAGAUUAGGCGCUAUGCCAUCGCCUUUCUGUACCAGCUGGCGCCUUAUCUGAGCCGAGUGCCUGGCGAUAAGACACUGCUCAAUCCGCCAGAUGCGAGUGGCAGUCAUUCGACAAAAGCCGGUGUAGCUCAAGCGUCAACAGCGGCUGAGCAUCCGGAGCAGCCGGUCAUCAAGCUGGAGCCGGGGACGGAGCAGCAACCACAGCAGCAACAAACAGGAGCAACUCAGAGCAGCAGCAGUCAGGAGCAGGACAGCAAGGCAGAUGUUAAAGGAGGCGCAGCUGGAGGUGAUUCCAAGCCGGCUCUGGUGCUGGGCGAUCCACUGGGAAUGGGUGAAACCUUGGAGGACAUCAAUCCCUCAGCCAUUGUGCUGUAUGUGGUGAAUCCCUUCACCUUUGCCUCGGACAGCUUCGAGCUGGAGCGACUUGCAUUGAUUGCGCUGCUCCGUUGCUAUGCGGAGCUAUUGAAGGUGGUGCCAGAUUCGGUGCGUGCGCAGAUGAACAUCCAGAUCAUCUCACUGGAGUCAAUUAUGGAGCUAGGACCGUGUGGAAACCGUCGUCGCUUCUCGGAUGAGAUCAAGUGCUUGGCGCUCAACAUCUUCUCACAGUGUCGAAGGCAUCUGGUGCAUGCGCAGCCGGUGAAGAGUUUAACAGGCUUCGGCACGGCGGCCAACAUGGAGGCGUUUCUCAAGACCAAGGAUGUGCCGAAUCGACGCGCCUACAAAAUGUACACCGCCCCCUUUGUCCUGGCGCCCAUGCACGAGCGGAACGACAAGACGGACUUCUCACGUGCAGCGGGCAGCAUGCAUGGCCAGAAUGAGACGCGCUACUCAGUGAUGUAUUGCAAUUAUUGUCUAAGCGAGGAUCAGUCCUGGCUGCUCGCCACUGCGACAGACGAGCGAGGCGAACUGCUGGAGAAGGUGUGCAUCAACAUUGAUGUGCCGAACCGUGCCAGGAGAAGAAAAGCGCCAGCGCGUUAUGUAGCACUGCGUAAGCUUAUGGAUUUCGUCAUGGGUCUCAUCUCGCAGACAUCGCAAAUGUGGCGGUUGGUCAUCGGAAGGAUUGGCCGCAUUGGUCACAGCGAGCUGAAGUCCUGGAGCUAUUUGCUCAGCAAGCAGCAACUGCAGAAGGCCUCCAAACAGUUCAAGGAUAUGUGCAAGCAAUGUACACUCAUGUAUCCGCCUACCAUUCUAAGUGCCUGUCUGGUUACCCUCGAGCCAGAUGCCAAGCUUCGUGUGAUGCCCGAUCAAUUUACGCCUGAUGAGCGUUUCUCGCAAAUCUCGAUGCAGAAUCCGUUGUCGACGCCGCAGGAUGUCACCUGUACGCACAUUCUGGUCUUUCCCACCAGUGCGGUCUGUGCGUCCUUCACUCGCCAAUUCCAGAACGAGCCGCAGGUGGACGAUGACUUCAUCUUUGGCGAGGAGGAGGGCAACGAGGACUUCAGCGAUGCGGAUAUAGGCGAUCUUUUCUGGGACUCUCACAUGGAUCGCGUCUCAAAUCACGGCAGUCCAGGACGCAUGGAGGACAAUCGCAGCUGGCAAAGCGCUGGGGGCAACAACUUCAAAUGCACGCCCCCGCAGGAGGUCGAGGAGGUGGGUUCCCUCAAUCAGCAGCCCAUUUCGGUGGGUUACAUGGUCUCGACAGCGCCCACGGGUCGGAUGCCCGCCUGGUUCUGGUCCGCCUGCCCGCAUCUGGAGGAUGUUUGUCCCGUCUUCCUAAAGACCGCGCUGCAUUUGCAUGUGCCUAAUAUACAGAUAGCCGACGAUAUACUCAAUUCGACCAAUGCUCAUCAAUCGGCCAAUGAUCAUCCGUUGGACUCGACACUAACAGCCGAUGUGCUACGCUUUGUGCUGGAAGGAUACAAUGCAUUGUCCUGGCUGGCACUCGAUUCCAAUACGCACGAUCGGCUAUCCUGUCUGCCCAUCAAUGUGCAAACGCUAAUGGAUUUGUAUUAUCUAACGGCGGCCAUAGCAUAAAACACACAAUCUAACACAACAGACCAUUAACACUAGCAGUAACAAAAACCGUAACAGUAACAGUAACAGUCGAUUGCUUCCGUUUGCUGUACUUCCAUUAACAUAGCGAACUAUCCACAACAGAAACAAAACCAAACAAAAGGAAUAAAACCUGCAAGUUAACAGUCCAAAAAACGAUAUAACAGUAACAGCAAAAGCAUAUGUAAACGUAACAGUAAUGUUAACAGUAAACUGUAACAGCAACGCACAGUUAGCGUAAAACAGAGCCUUGUAAUAAAAGCCGCCGCCGCAGCAGCCUUACAGCCUAACCAGAGGGGGUGCAACAAAGACAAGAAAGUAAAUUGAUUAGAUGAUGAGCAAUGAAAGCGAUAAGUCUUGAGAGAGUAAGAAAGAGAGGGAGACGAAGAGAGAGAGAGAGAGAGAGAGAGAGAGUAGCGAA